AUGUCUUUCCAGAAGAAGGAUGUCCCGGAUGCUAGAGUCACGGGGACUAAUAUUGGUAAAGGGGACAUCAAGCAGAACGGUUCAGCAGCCAGUUCCCAGAAUAACUUCCGAAUUGAUGGCGCUAUUUCUUCCUCUCGUCCGGGCCGAGAGCGAGUCUUGCAGCCGUGGGUUGGGCCCAGCAGCUCGGACGGUCUGGAUAUGAGCUUGGAGAAAUCAAGCGGUGGAAGCGGUGCUUGGGAUCAGUUUGCUGUAAACGAACGUCAGUUUGGCAUCAAGAGCACAUACGACGAGAACAUUUACACUACAGCGAUUGAUAAAAGCCACCCGCAAUACAAAGAGCGAAUGGCUGCCGCAGAGAGGAAGGCAAGAGAGAUUGAACGAAGUGUAGCAACCACAGCUCACGUUGCCGAGGAGAGAGUCAUGGACUACAGUGGCAAUGAUGCCGGUGGGGAUGAAGAGGACAAAUACAGCGGUGUCAAGCGACAGGACUUCCCGCCCCUGCCCAAUAGUCGAGAGAACAAGUAUACGCCCCCAGCAAGACGGGCACCAGCUGGCGCGUCGACUGUGAAGGGCGCACCCGUUGAUCCAGCCAUCAUAUCUUCGCAAUUGAAGUCACGGGGAAACCAGCCUGCUGUCCCAAAGCAGGAUGACAACAAGUCUCGGCCUAUCCCCAAAAGCGAUGUUCCAGCUGCCACCCCUGCAGUGAAGUCCCCGGAGCCCAAGCCUGAUCCUAAGAUUGAGUUGCAGCAGAAGGCGGCAGAAGGCAAGAUAGCCAACCAAAGUUCAGUCCCAUUGAGACCGUCCGCUGCCACUAGCCGUACCAUAUCGCCCCAAGCGAAAGAUGGACAAGGUGUUGCGCCUAGUGCGACCUCUACUGUCGAGCGAGACGUGCUCAAGGAAUUCAAGACAUUUGCGAACCAGCAGCGUCUCAACGCAGAGAAGGCCCGAAGCACCAAAGCUAAAGCUGACAAGGAAGUCAAAUUGACUGAAUUGAAAAAGUUUGCUGAUAGCUUUAAGCUGCCUACUCCUGUGCCUAUGGAUUUGAUUUCGAUCAUCGCCAAGGAUCCCGCGAAGCAACGAGAGAUCCAGGAGAAGGCAAAACGGGACGCCGCGGAAGUUGCUAAGAGAAAGGCGGAAGAAGUUGCAGCUAAGGAGAAGAAGGGUGCCUCAGCUAAGGAAUCGCAGCCUGCCACCACAACAGCCCAGGCGGCCCCUGAUAACAGAGCCGGUCGUGCAGCUGCUAACCCUUCCGGUGCUGCCCCCGCAGCAGCGCCUUCUCGUCACCAGAACAACCGUCAGAACUUCGCUCCUGCAGCUUACCCAUACCAAGGCAAUCGUUCGGGGCCCCAGCACGUACAACAAGGCGGUCGUCAAGGCGGCUUAGGCGGCCGUAUUCGGGCUUUAGAAGCACAGAAAGUUCCUAGCCAGGAUGUUCGAUUGCCCCCAACCGGCCCUGCCAACGCUUCUGACCCUUCGUUUGUUCGUCGUAUGGGACACAUGGGUGGAAAGUUGAAUCCCAACAGCCACGAGUUCCGACCUAGCGCAUUUGCGCAGACAUUCAGCCCGAAUGGUCAUCCUAGCGCGGGUUCUAGCCCCCGUUCAGCGAUUAACAAUGCAACAGAUCUACAGUCUGGCGCCACUAGCACUAGCUCGCUGCUUGUCGUUGUGACCAAGAAGAGAAACGCUGUUGAUCCGAAGAAAUGUGAUAUACUAUCUUUUGUUAAGACGAUUCAACCCCCCGAGAACAAGAAUUGGAAUGAAAAUGACGGCCUUCGACCGUCUUAUGAUACCCCGCCCACCUGGCGCUCGGCCACGGAUGACGAGAAGCCGGAUUCAACCAUGCGCUUGUCGUUUGAUGAAUACUUCGAACGACAGCCAUUCAACACACAACCUACUCCCAAUCCUCCUCAUCUGCUUCCCCAGAUAGCGCAUCAGCAUCAGCUACCUCUGCACAUGCAGCACGGCGCACACCCCGGCGCCCCACGACAUUCGCCACACAUACCACCUGUCCAGAUGCACAGUGGUCAACAUGGGCCCGUUCCUCAUGCGCCAUUUAAUGGCGGAGAUGAUCAUAGAAUGAUGCACUCGAACUCAUCACAGUCUUACUCAUCCCCUAGAAUGGGCCAGGUACCGAUGGUGUACCCCCCUAACAUGAACUCGGCAGGCCAAAUGCCUUACAAUCAGCACAUGAUGCCCUCCUUCAUGGGACCUGGAGCGCCCCCCAUGAACCAGUUCAACCGCAGCUUUUCCAACACCCCCCAAUAUGUUCCACAGCAGCCAGGUGGAAUGGGUGCGCCUAUGAUGGUGCAGCCCCAGUUCAUGACACCACAGCCGAUGGUCGGUCCUCCUCAGAUGCAACCGUAUCCCGGCGGUCACAUCCAAUUUAUGCCUCCCGGUGGCACUCCACCACAACCAAUGCCUGGCACCAAUGGAUACCCAAGUCCUGGUAGGCCAGCCGCGCCUAUGAUGGUCCAUCAAGGAUCACAACAGGGACAGCCGAUGUACGGGAUGAGUCCUGGCGUGCAAUACCAGCAGCCAGCAACCUUUGUCCCACAACAGCAAGGGCAGAGUAAGUGGUACAGACAAGACUCUACCCCGAAGAAGACAACUAACAAGCGAGUCAAAGUGAAUAACAUGCGAGGGUAUAACAACCCUGGUCCGCAGCAGUACGGCACGAGCCCGCAGCAGAUGCAUCAGUACGGGCCUCCUCAUCGCAACGGAAGCAGCAAUUUCAAGAAUUACCAAGGCCACAACCAGCAGCACCAAGGUCCCCAAGGUGGCCACGCGAUCCCAUCGGGACCUCAGGGUCGAUCGUCCGACAGCCCCGAUGAAGCGAAGUGA